AUGUUUUCAGACUGUAUUUUCGCAACCAUGUCUCAUUACCGCACCAACAACGGCAUGUCCUCCGAGGCUGGCGGCAACCGUCAGGGUACAUACUCGGCUUACUUGGGGGCCCAAGUUGGGCACAGCCAGCAGGGCUUACAUGGCUCUCAUGUCCAUCACCUUGGUCACAGCUCCGAGGGCAUGGACUCCCUCGCGAGCCAGUUCGGUGCGAUGAGUCUUCCACCCAGCAAUGGCCACGGAGCCUCCAACAUGUCGCAGAUCCAGCAGCAUGGAUACAUGACCGCCCAGGAGCAACCUGUCGCUUACCAGGGCUACUCAGUUCCUGUUCAUGUCGGAUUAGCCCCCGAGGCUGCCUAUGGCUACAGCGUUUCUGGCCAGUAUCCUGUUCAGGGGAAUUACGCUCCUUUGCCUGUUCCGUACCACGCCAUGCCCUAUACCCCCGGUCGCGUUGCCUCUUAUGCCGAUCGUAGCAGCAGCGAGGUUCCCGCUUUGGAGAACCGCCGCGGCUCAUACUCAACCACCGAGUCGACUCCGGCCACUCCUUUCUUUGGUAGCGCUUCGGAGCGUGGUGCUGGCUCCCGUGUUGCUGUCUUUCGUUCAAGCUACACGACCCCUUCUCCGGAGCAGGUUGUGAUGCCCGGUACCGCUCCCAAGGCCUCCUCGCAGCCCAUUGACGAGGAACUUUUGGAGUUGCUCAAGGUGAAUCCAGCAAUUCCCGAGGCUGUCCCGGCGGUCUUUACCCCGCCCACGCACAUCAAGUCGAUCGAGCAAUGUCUCGAGAACCGCAUUCACGGCAAUCGCAAUGUCUACAUUCGCGGCUUGCACCCCACCACAGACGACGAUUUGCUGCACCGCUAUGCUUCUCGUUUUGGAACCGUUGAGCAGAGCAAGGCCAUUAUUGACACUGCCACUGGCGCUUGCAAAGGUUUUGGAUUUGCCAAGUUCGCCGAUGUCCGCGACUCGGAGAAAUGCAUUCGCGGGUUCUACCAUCUUGGGUAUGAGGUUGGCUUUGCUCGCGAGAGUUUCAAUGCGAGACUGAAGGCCGAGGGCGACGAAGGUUCGACCAAUUUGUACCUCUCCAACCUGCCCAAGCGUCUCAACGAGUCGGAGUUGAACGCCAUUUUCACUGGCUAUCAUGUCGUGUCCAGCAAGAUUCUUCGCGAUAGCAUGGGCAACAGCCGUGGCGUCGGUUUUGCUCGGUUCGAGUCUCGCGAGGAGUGCGAGCAGAUUAUCAAGCAGUACCAUGGUGCCUCCAUUGGAGACGAGGGCAUGUUGAUGCAGGUUCGCUACGCCGACACGCCGGCCCAGAAGGAGCUCAAGCGUAUCACCGCCGAGCGUCGCCAAUUCCGCACGAACGAGUACAAUAUUGGUGCUUAUGGUACUGCAGAUGUUGGCAUUCACCCCAGCAUCUACCAGCAGGCCCCUUGGACCCGCCGCGGUGGCGUGGGAUCUGAUAUUUCUUACGCUCCUCGCGUUCCUGUCCGCACUAGCAUUGGUACUGCUAGUACGAACACGACUCCAGUCAUGUCUCAGGGUCUUGGUCGCACCAACUUGAUACACAGCAUUCCUUCGGUGACUGCGUCUUCGGAUGAUGGAUCAGCCGACGAGGGCGUGACGGUGGUCGACUCUCCCACCGUCAAGAAGGGCAGUACCCAAUCGUCGCCCACCAUCAAGAAGGAUACCGCCACCAUCAAGAACGAGAAGGCAUAG